AUGAAAAGAAAACCAAAUCAAGAUGGCAAAGCUGAUUGGCCAAAACCAGUUGAUAUGGACUGCAAAGUUAACUGUUUGAAGAACUUCAUACAGCACAUGUCCAUGGAUUCGCUAGCGGAGAGUAUCUGUGGCAUCUGUAAUGUUCGUCGCUUUAAGCGUGACCUUCGUCAUGUACCUUUAAGUAAAAUUCCAUCGAUUGAAUUACUCAAGAUACAUCCCGAUCUUCACAGUAUGAUUCCGAAAAUUCAGGAAAUUAACAGCUUCAAUUCAAACGGUAAGUUUCAUAAGAAUGACGAUAUCGGUUUCACUUCUAAUCAAGACGAGAGAAACGUAGCUUAAUCUUUUCGUGACGCCAACUUAGAGCAUUGAUAAGAUAUUUUUUUCAUUUCAGACAGCAAUGUUCAAUCGUCAACGAAUAAUCAAUCAUUCACUUGUAUAAAUGGUAUGUUUUUCUAUGAAGCAGGAUUAUAUAAAACUGUUGGUAGAAAGAAACGUUCUUUGAUUCAUUGUGACGUUUGCACAGAGUGCUGGUCGGCAUUGACGAAAGAAAAAAUACCCAAGUUUUCAAC